AAUUCCAAAAGAAAUGGGCAUUGCUCUUUCUUCUUCUUCUUCUUCUUCUUCUUCCCCCAAAACUCGUCCGACUGCAAAGUCAAUACUGGACGAUGGUGCGCUUCGAGAAUAUGAACAUCCAGUGAAGCUAGCUCAAGUUUUAAACGAAAGGGGAAGGGAAGCCUUCUUCUGCCUCUCUGACUCCAUCAAUUUUAACGAGUGUUUAGCCCCUCUUCCUGCACACCACGAAUUGCAGCUGGAUCGCCUCUAUUUUCUCCUUCCACUCACAAAAUUGAAAUACCCUUUACUGCCUUCUGAGAUGGCUGCCAUGGUCUUAAAAGCAGCUGCGGCCUUGCAAUCAAAACAGAACAAGCACAACAGUCGCAAAAAACGCCGAGGUCCUAAAGUGGUGGAGCAGGAAAUGGAUGAACGCCAAAUUCAGAAAUCAGAUUCUUAUCAUUUUAAUGAAUUUAUAAUUUCGGUCGUGGAGUCGAAGCGCACAACAUCGAGAGGGAUUAAGUUCGUCCGCAACAAGCAUAAGCAGUCAUGGACAACUAAACUUGCCCCAAUACCCGAGACCUUCGCUUAUUGACUCAUUAUCUGCAUUCCAGAACUUCUUCUCGGGAAUUUCCUCGCAUAUGCAGCAAAAAUGAAUUCUGAUGUCUUCCGAGUUUCGGCCAUGGCAAAUAUGUGAAUAGCUUUGGAUGAGACAGAGAUGAACA